AUGGCAGAGUCCAGAUUCCAGCAGCCUGGCUCAGAUGCGGUUGGCGUGCUGCGUUGCUCUGAUUUCACCGACAGCACGGCUCAGAUGCUGACCUCCUGUGACUUUAAUCAGGACAGCGAGCCCUUCUGUAAGUUCACCCAGGACACAGCAGACAACAGUGACUGGAUCCGACACAAAGGUCCAACCCCAACACCCGGAACUGGGCCAAGUGGAGACUACCCCGACGGAAAGGGCUACUACAUCUACCAUGAAUGUGACAACGUGGUCAAUGGGCAGUCAGCCCGUCUGAUAAGUCCUGCCAUAUCAUCAUCCAACACCCAGAUCUGCGUCCAGUUUCGGUAUUACAUGUAUGGAUCUGACAAUCAGAACAAGCUAAGGGUCCUGGCCAGGAGGCCCGGGAAUGAUGAGGAGGUCUGGAGCAAGACAGGCAUCCAAAGUCCAUCAUGGUUGAAGGGCUCCGUCACAGUGUCCAAACCUGCUGAUCAGGCCAUUUCUAUUGUAUUUGCGGCUCAGAGAGGCUUCACUGAUUCAUGUGACUCAGCCCUGGAUAACAUUGUUAUUACUGAAGGAGCAUGCCCCUCCUGUGUGACUGGCUGUGACUUUGAUACAUUUGAUAACCUGUGUGGGUGGACAACUCCUCCAACUGGGAAUCCUAAUGUGCUUGGCUUUAGUCAGUGGAAUGGACCCACAGACACUGAAGGCACUGGACCUGAGGAUGACUUUUCCAAACCUGGAUUUGGUUUCUACAUGUUGUUGGAUUCGAUUGAGGCUGUUCCUGGUUUCAAAGCUGAGAUCAGAAGUCCUACUGUAACCUCCUCUGGCUGUCUGGAGCUCACCUUUUACUACUACAUGUAUGGUACUGCUACUACGAUGGAACUCAGUGUACACACUGUCACUGCAGGUGGAAGUCUUGGAGCGCCUCUCUUCACCAUGAAGGGGAACCAGGGACAGAGCUGGAAGCCUGCUGAGAUCCACUACCUGGGAACUGGUAACAUCCAGUUUGUGAUUGUGGGCACCUACGGAGAGACCAUGGAGACAGACAUAGCUGUUGAUGCUGUAUGUAUCAUGGCCUGCAAAGCUGGACCAACCACACCCAAACCACCAACUCCUGGACCAACCACACCCAAACCACCAACUCCUGGACCAACCACACCCAAACCACCAACACCUGGACCCACAACACCUAAACCACCAACUCCUGGACCCACAACACCUAAACCACCAACUCCUGGACCCACAACACCUAAACCACCAACUCCUGGACCAACCACACCCAAACCACCAACUCCUGGACCCACAACACCUAAACCACCAACUCCUGGACCAACCACACCCAAACCACCAACUCCUGGACCCACAACACCCAAACCACCAACUCCUGGACCAACAACACCCAAACCACCAACACCUGGACCCACAACACCUAAACCACCAACUCCUGGACCCACAACACCCAAACCACCAACUCCUGGACCCACAACACCUAAACCACCAACUCCUGGACCCACAACACCCAAACCAUCAACUCCUGGACCAACCACACCCAAACCACCAACACCUGGACCCACAACACCUAAACCACCAACUCCUGGACCCACAACACCUAAACCACCAACACCUGGACCCACAACGCCUAAACCACCAACACCUGGACCCACAACACCAAAACCACCAACUCCUGGACCCACAACGCCUAAACCAUCAACUCCUGGACCCACAACACCUAAACCACCAACUCCUGUAACAUGCCCUCCUAAUGCACAAUACAUCGAGUGUGGUCCAGCUUGUAUCCCCUCCUGUAUGGAACCAUUCUUCAACUGUACGGGCUCCUGUAUCGAUGGCUGUUUCUGCAAGCCAGGUUACGUCUUUAAGGGCCGCCGCUGUGUGCCACUGGAGAAAUGUGGAUGUCUGGAUGACCAAAACAACUACUAUGAGCCUGGUGAAAUCAUCUUUGGUGAUGGCUGCUCCAAGAUGUGUCGCUGUGCAGGGAACUACACUUUGGAGUGUGUUGAUAAUUCUUGUAGCCCCACUGAGGAGUGUCGUGAGGUCAGCGGCGUCUCAGGCUGCUAUCCUAAAGGCACAUCCACCUGCAUAGCAUCUGGAGAUCCCCACUACACCACCUUUGACAAACGCAAGUACGACUUCAUGGGUAACUGUAGCUAUGUGAUGUCUGAACCAUGCAAUGACACAACCCUGCCACACUUUGAGGUCCAUGCCGACAACGAAAACCGCUACAACAGACCAACCAUCUCCUAUCUGAAGGCUGUGCAUGUGUAUGUGCGCAUGCUGAAGAUCUCCAUCCUGAAAGGAGGCACUGUGCAGCUCAAUGGGACCAAUGUAAAUCUGCCAGUGACUCCAGCCCCUGGAGUCUCUGUGUUCAAGUCAGGAAAACACUACACUGUGGCCAUGGACUUUGGUGUGACUGUCCGCUAUGAUGGAAACCACUUCAUGGACAUCAAAGUGAUCAAAGACUACAAGGACAAACUGUGUGGACUGUGUGGCGACUACAACGGAAAUGCCAAGGACGACUUCCGUAAGCCAGACGGCUCUCUGACCAACAGUGCCAAUGAAUUUGGACACAGCUGGGUCACCGAUCCUGACUGCAAUAAGAAACCCAACACCACCAUCCCAGGUUGUACAGAUGAAGAGCAGAGUUUGUAUGAGAGCUCUGGAUACUGUGGCAUCCUGCUGGACAAGAAGGGCCCGUUUGCCAGCUGCCACCCCAAAGUAAACCCUAAUAACUACUUCAGGGACUGUCUGUUUGACUUGUGUGAGUUGGAUGGCGCCAAGCCCAUCCUUUGCGAAGCCAUCGAAGCCUACGUCAAUGAAUGCCAGGACCGCGGGGUCAACAUUGGACCCUGGAGGAAUGAAACCUUCUGUCCUCUGAGCUGCCCUCCCAACAGCCACUACGAGCCCUGUGCCAGCCCCUGCCAGGAGACGUGCGUCGGCAAGCCUCCCUCUGGCUGUGGCGGUCCCUGCUCCGAGGCCUGCGUGUGUGAUCCUGGAUAUGUGCUGAGCGCGGGCAAGUGCGUGAAGAAGAGCUCAUGCGGCUGCAAACACACGAACGGGCAGUACUAUGAGCCUGGAGAGGAGUUUUAUGUGGAGGACUGUAAGCUGAAGUGUAGGUGCAACGCUCCCUUCGUCACCUGUAGUGCCACUGACUGCCCCCCACUGCACGAGUGUAAACUCCAGGGAGGAGAGCUGGGCUGCCACCCGACCAGCUCUCAGGACUGCGUGGUAUCAGGAGAUCCUCACUACAACACCUUUGACAAAAAGUUCUACAGCUUCAUGGGAACCUGUACCUACACACUGGCCAGGACCUGCAGGAACACCACCGGUCCUUGGUUUUCUGUUGAGGGGAAGAAUGAGGAGAGGGGAGUUUCGGGCGUCUCCUACCUCAAGAAGCUCUACGUUACUGUUGAUGGAGUCACCGUCACCCUGAUGAAGAGCAGAAGAACACUGGUGAACGGACGUCGUGUUGCCCUCCCUCACUCUCCCUCUCCUCUCAUCUCUCUGAGUCUUGCCGGUCAGUACGUCACUCUGCAGACGACCUUCGGCCUGCGGGUACGCUGGGAUGGAAACCACUAUGCCCAGAUCUCAGUUCCCAGCUCUUACCACGACCAGAUGUGCGGCCUCUGCGGCGACUAUGACGGGAACCCGAGCAACGACUUCACCAAACCAGAUGGCACCCUGGUCGGAAACACCAACGACUUCGGCAACAGCUGGCAGACGGAGGAGGAUGAGGAUGACUCGUGCACACCAGGCACCAAGCCUGACCCCGACUGUGACCCCAAACUGGAGGCCGAGGUGGUGAAACCAGACAAGUGUGGAAAAAUCAAAGACCCUGCUGGACCCUUCAGGGAAUGUAUCAGUGUGGUGGAUCCGACUCCGUUCUUCCAGAGCUGUGUGUACGACAUGUGUCAGUUCAGCGGCCAGCAGCGUGUGCUGUGUGAUCAGCUGCAGGCCUACACCGACGCUUGCCUCAGCGCCGGAGCCAAAGUCCACCAGUGGAGGACUCCAGACUUCUGCCCCCUGGCCUGCCCUCCUAACAGCUCCUACUCCAUGUGUGUGAGCUCGUGUCCGGAGACGUGCCUCGGUGUGGUCGGACCGCCGGGCUGCCAGGACGUGUGUGUUGAGGGCUGCCAGUGUAACCCAGGCUUCAUUCUCAGCAAUGACAAGUGUGUCCCGCUCAAAGACUGUGGCUGUGUUGAUCCCAGUGGAAGCUACCAUCCUGCUGGUGAGAACUGGUAUGUGGAGGGAUGUGAGCAGAAGUGUGUGUGUCAGGGUGGAGGUUUGAUCCAGUGCCACAACACCAGCUGUGCCCCGGCCACCGAGAGCUGCCAGCUACAAGAUGGAGAAUAUGGAUGCCACCCUCUGGGAACUGGUAUCUGCUCAGUAUCUGGCGACCCCCACUACACAACCUUCGACAAGACCACCCACCAUUACAUGGGAGCCUGCUCCUACACCCUGACCAAACCCUGCAACGAGACCUCCGGCUUGCCGUACUUCACCGUGGACACGCAGAAUGAACACAGAGGAAGCAACAAGAAGGUUUCUUAUGUCAAGGCCGUGGUGAUCAACGUCAACGGCAUGACCAUCAUCCUGGGCAAGGGCCGCAAAGUCCAGGUGAACGGGACCGCUGUCGUCCCCCCGCUGACUCUGACCAACGGGGUUAAGAUCUACCUGAGUGGCAAGUUUGUUGUCUUGGAGACGGCGUUUGGCUUGAGGGUGCGCUUUGAUGGCAACCACCACGCCGACGUCACCCUGCCCACCUCCUACAGCGGCCUGCUCUGCGGCCUGUGUGGAAACUUCAACGGGCAGUCUAAAGACGACAACAUUAAACCAGACGGUAAACCGGCUGCAAACACCAACGAGCUGGGAGACAGCUGGCAGGUGCCGGACCCACGGCCCGACUGCACCAACGGUGGAGGACAGGAGGACUGCGACAAGGAUGUGGAGGAGGAGGCCAAGAAGCCCACAAGCUGCGGCAUGAUCACUGAUCCCAACGGUGUCUUCAAGGAGUGCCAUGCUGUCGUGCCCCCUGGCCCCUACUUCUCCAACUGCAUCUACGACCUGUGUGCCACGGGAGGCCAGACGGUGGCGCUGUGCCAGGCCAUAGAGAGCUACGCCGACCUGUGUGCUGCUGCUGGGGUUCCCAUUGCAUGGAGAAACAACACCUUCUGUCCCCUGAAAUGCCCUCCAGGCAGUAAUUACACCCACUGUGGCCCCGCCUGCCCCCAGCCCAGCUGCCAGGAGCCCGCGGGCCCCAGCGGCUCCUGUAACAAGCCCUGUGUGGAGGGAUGUGUCUGCAACGAGGGGCUCAUCCUCAGCGGAGACAAGUGUGUCCCACCCAGCGAGUGCGGAUGCACCGAUGAAGACGGAAAGUACAGGCCGGCUGGUGAGAACUGGUAUGUGGAGGGAUGUGAGCAGAAGUGUGUGUGUCAGGGUGGAGGUUUGAUCCAGUGCCAUAACACCAGCUGUGCCCCCGCCACCGAGAGCUGCCAGCUACAAGAUGGAGAAUAUGGAUGCCACCCUCUGGGAACUGGUAUCUGCUCAGUAUCUGGCGACCCCCACUACACAACCUUCGACAAGACCACCCACCAUUACAUGGGAGCCUGCUCCUACACCCUGACCAAACCCUGCAACGAGACCUCCGGCUUGCCGUACUUCACCGUGGACACGCAGAAUGAACACAGAGGAAGCAACAAGAAGGUUUCUUAUGUCAAGGCCGUGGUGAUCAACGUCAACGGCAUGACCAUCAUCCUGGGCAAGGGCCGCAAAGUCCAGGUGAACGGGACCGCUGUCGUCCCCCCGCUGACUCUGACCAACGGGGUUAAGAUCUACCUGAGUGGCAAGUUUGUUGUCUUGGAGACGGCCUUUGGCUUGAGGGUGCGCUUUGAUGGCAACCACCACGCCGACGUCACCCUGCCCACCUCCUACAGCGGCCUGCUCUGCGGCCUGUGUGGAAACUUCAACGGGCAGUCUAAAGACGACAACAUUAAACCAGACGGUAAACCGGCUGCAAACACCAACGAGCUGGGAGACAGCUGGCAGGUGCCGGACCCACGGCCUGACUGCACCAACGGUGGAGGACAGGAGGACUGCGACAAGAAUGUGGAGGAGGAGGCCAAGAAGCCCACGAGCUGCGGCAUGAUCACUGAUCCCAACGGUGUCUUCAAGGAGUGCCAUGCUGUCGUGCCCCCUGGCCCCUACUUCUCCAACUGCAUCUACGACCUGUGUGCCACGGGAGGCCAGACGGUGGCGCUGUGCCAGGCCAUAGAGAGCUACGCCGACCUGUGUGCUGCUGCUGGGGUUCCCAUUGCAUGGAGAAACAACACCUUCUGUCCCCUGAAAUGCCCUCCAGGCAGUAAUUACACCCACUGUGGCCCCGCCUGCCCCCAGCCCAGCUGCCAGGAGCCCGCGGGCCCCGGCGGCUCCUGUAACAAGCCCUGUGUGGAGGGAUGCGUCUGCAACGAGGGGCUCAUCCUCAGCGGAGACAAGUGUGUCCCACCCAGCGAGUGCGGAUGCACCGAUGAAGACGGAAAGUACAGGCCGGUCGGAGACACUUGGUUCACAGAGAUGGACUGCUCGGAGCGCUGCAGGUGUAACGGCAACCACAACAUCACCUGCGAGCCCUGGCAGUGCAGCCCCGCUCAGGAAUGCAAGGUGGAGGAGGGGGUGCUCGACUGCCACUCCACAGGUAAAGGAGUGUGUCACGUGGCUGGAGAUCCACACUACUACACCUUUGACGGUGUCAUGCACACCUUCAUGGGCACGUGCACGUACACUCUGGUGGAGGUGUGCAACACCACCAAGGUGACUCCCUUCAGGAUUGUGGCCAAAAACGAGGAGCGCGGUCAACCGGAGGCCUCCUACGUCCGAUCUGUCACCGUCUACCUGCCGAAUGAUGUUAAAGUUACACUGCAGAAGAGCCGCAGGGUCCUGCUGAAUGAUCGGCGGGUGCGUACGCCCUUGUCCAUCGACGUGGCCGGAGCCAAGGUGAUAACCAGUGGAGUGUACAGUCUGCUGGACACCAACUUCGGCCUGCAGGUCAAGUUUGAUGGCGUCCAUCACCUGGAGAUCACAAUCCCUGGAGAAUACUUCAACAAGGUAUGUGGAAUGUGCGGGAACUACAAUCACGACUCCUCUGACGACAACCUGAUGCCCAACAAGAAACCGGCCAAGGAUGUGAUCGAACUUGGCAACAGCUGGAAGUCAGAGGGAGACAGUGAUCCUGGCUGCCUGCCAGACACCCGUCCAGAUAUCCACCCCGACUGCACAGCACAGGAGGAGACGCUGUAUGAGGCCCAGUGCGCUCAGGUUAUUCUCUCGGACCGCUUCAAGCCCUGCCACUCCGUGGUGCCCCCAGAGGCCUUCCUAGGCAACUGCAUCUAUGACAUGUGCGAGUACGACGGCAUGCAGGCGACACUCUGUGACAACGUGGAGGCGUACGCUCAGGCCUGCCAGAGCGCCGGAGUCACCAUCAGCUGGAGGAACAGCACCUUCUGCCCCCUGCCCUGCCCGCCCAACAGCCACUACUCAGACUGCACCGCCCCCUGCCCCCCCACGUGCUCCGACCUCUUCCCCAUCUUCUGUCACCUCCCCCCCACCGCCUGUGUGGAGGGAUGUCAGUGUGACGCCGGCUUCGUCCUCAGCGAUGGGAAGUGUGUUCCCCUGAGCAAGUGUGGCUGCGUGAGCUCAGACGGGGAGUACCAUGAUGUGGGAGACUCGUGGCUGACGGAUAAGUGUACCGAACAAUGUACCUGUGAUCUUGGUGGGAAAAUCACAUGCAAGGACCAUCACUGCAAGUCCAACUCAGUGUGUGACCUGGAUAAAUAUGGAGACCGCUACUGCAAACCUGCCAAAUUUGACAAAUGCUCUAUCUCUGGGGAUCCUCACUACCGAACGUUCGACGGUUUCACCCAUCACUACCAAGGCCCCUACACCUACAUCCUGACCCAGGGCCACAACCUGCAAGGCUCACUGCCGUCCCUAAAGGUGAGGGGUAAGAACAUCAGACGUGGUGGGAACAGGAGAGUGUCUUUCCUGGAUCAGAUGUACAUCGAUGUCUACGGCAUCAAUGUCCGCUUCCUGCAGAGGAAAACUGUCCUGGUGAAUGGCGAAAGAGUUGCUCCUCCUUUAAGUCCAGUUGAUGGUUUGUCCAUUACCAUGAACUCCAGGCAGGUCCAACUCACCACUGACUUUGGACUCACCGUGCGCUUUGACGGCAACAGUCGAGGAGAGAUUGUAUUGCCCAACACCUAUAAGAACUCUGUCAGAGGACUGUGUGGAAACUACGACGGUAUCACCAGGAACGAAUACAUGAAGCCAGACGGGACAGUCACCAGGAACCUGAACGAGUUUGGAGACAGCUGGAGGGACAGCGACCGACUGGCUGACAUGCAGGAGACCAGAGAUGUUCCUCACAGAGUUCACCUGCACAGGCGAGAGGUGGAGACGGAUCCAGAUUCAGGGUUUGAAACAACAGGCUGCUCCCAGUCUCAGCUCAAUAACUAUAAUGGAGUGACUCAGUGUGGAGCACUGUCCGACCCCAAAGGACCAUUCGCUUCCUGCCACAGCACCCUGCCGCCCAAAGCCUAUCAAGAUGACUGCGUGUUUGACCUGUGUGCUGAGAGCGGCAGCGCAGCACUGCGUUGUGCCAGUUACGAUGCCUACGCUGUAGCCUGUCAGGAGGCUGGAGUCAAGCUGGGACCCUGGAGGCAGCAACUCGACUGUGUCAUGUCCUGCGCUGCCAACAGCUCCUAUUCCCCCUGCAUGUCGGCAUGCCCCGCCUCCUGCGCCGACCUGGCGGCGCCCUCAGAGUGUGACACCACUUCCUGUGUGGAGGGCUGCCAGUGCUCCCCGGGCUUCGUAAUGAGCGAGGGAGCCUGUGUGCCAUACCCCCAGUGUGGCUGCACCUUCCUCAACCGAUAUUACCCACUGAAUGAGAAGUUUGUGACCGAGGACUGCUCUGAGUCAUGUGAAUGCACCACCACCGGCGCCGUGUGCCAGCCCAAGACCUGCCAGUCCGGCUUCGUGUGCACCGUCUACAACUUCAAACGGGACUGCUACAGAGCGAGUCCCUGCCUCAGCAUGCCCUGUAUGAACGGAGGAACCUGUGAGGAAGGCAGCAACGGCACCUACGUCUGUCGCUGUGCAGAGGGCUUCGAGGGCAGCAACUGUGAGGCGGAGAAAACCAAAGAGCCCGAAGGACUCGAAACCAAGUGGAUCAUCCUGAUCGCAGUCCUGGUCCCCGUAGCUGUGAUCAUCAUCGUCACGACGAUAGCGUGUGUUUGUGUACGCAAAGCCAAGUCCCAGGUUUAUGUAGUUGAGCUGCAGCAGCGACUGGCUCAGCUCCACAGUGGCUCUAGCGUUCAGUACAGCAUUCACAAGGAAAAAACAGUACGAGGCACAGAAACUCGGCCUGAAACAAACAGGUGUUCCAUACACAAACAUUGAAGACCAGAGUAAAGCUGAUAAAGUCACCGCUAUGUGAUGGAAAACCGUUCUAGACGCUUGAAUGUACAAACCACUCAGAAGCUCUUUUCUUCCAAAAUGAAUCACUGUAAAAAAAAGAGAAAAUUAUUACUGUUAGCCAAAUAAGGCAAAUAUUGUUUUUAUCUUGAGAAGUUGUAAACACUAAGAAUAUUGCUCAUAUGCCCGUGUUGCUGCCUUAACUUAUGCUUAUGAAGAUGUAAUUGUUCGUCAGAGAUAUGUCUAUUUAAUUCACAGAAUCUGUUUGUGACUUU